CUAUCUACAAGCACCGACUGGGAAGUACUCUUGCCUUGCAGCCUGCUUCAUUAGCUCCCAGAUAUUGACCGCAUACAUGGCCUUGGGUAAGAAGUAUGCUGGUCUACCAGAUCUGGAUGCCGCCCCCGAGGUCUACGAGACUCCAGAUCUAGCAGAUGAUGUCUCGACAGCACAGACCACUACUCUCCGCACCCUCUCUUCAGAUGGGUCCGACGCCUCCGACGAUGACCAAGGCGAACGAGUCUCCAACCGACAAAACCUCGACAGAAGACCUCUGGAUCGCGAACAAGCACGACGUCGAUUUGCCGGGUCACGGGUCGAUGCUCGAAAUGUCGAUUUUUCUGAUCAUGUCGGUGGUACGAGAGGGUCAUAUCGCACUCGAAGCUCGAGGCGAAGGAGGCGGGCAAGACGAGCCGACAUUGAAGGCGAGGACAUUGUCGAGUCCAGCGAUAGUGAAGAGGAAGAGACCGUCUCUAGAAAGAUCGCUAGAUUGAGGAGAGAGGCUGAGGAAGUGCGGCUUGAGUUGGACAGGUUAGAGGCAGGAAACCAGAAGGACGCUGAAGGCGAGUUUGUGGAUAGCCUCGAACAACAGCAGCAACAACAAACCCCCACAGUCGAUACCUACCCAGAAAGGGAUCAGGUUCAAGAACUCAGUCGACUUCUCGAUGGAUUGUCCUCCAAGUCUGGAUCCGGCGGAAGAAAGAGCACAGAAGAUCGGUUUCUUUCCCGGUUGAACGACACUUCAAGGUCAACAAAGCCCGAAUCCACCAAACAGCCCGAUUCCGAACUGUCCCCCCCUCAGUCUGAUGCAGACUCUAAAUCAUCCGCCAUGUCUGCAGUUGCAGCCUUUGCGGACCGACUGACGUCCUUGGAAUCUGCAUUGGGUGUCUCUACAGCCAGCACCGACUCACCCGCGACUUCGAUCCUUUCCACUUUGGAACGGCUUUCGACGCAAAUCAACACGAUUCACACAACACUAAACCCCAAAGAUGGCAAUGGCGCUACUACCAAUACCACGACCUCAACACCUACGACAUAUGACCCUGCCUUUCUCGAAUCCAUCUCGGCCAAGUUACGGACUCUGACGCGUGAAUCAGCCGAAUUAGAUCAAAGCCGGCGGAAAGCACGUGACACGCUGGACGAGUUGCAGGAAAAACGGGCCGGUUUACUCAUCUCAGCUAGCAUUCAGCACGGUAUGCAGCCUCGACGAGGCUACGGAGGUGCCGGCAGCGGGGCCGGUGUUGGUGGGACCAGCGGCGACGAUGACAAGAACAGGGACCGAGGUCAAGAGACAAUUGGCGAGCUGAACAGACCCGACGCCGAGUCGCAAGCCUUGACAUCCAAAUUGUUCCUCGAGGACCAAUCGGCGCGUAUCACGGCGCUGUACCAAACCUUGCCGUCAAUCCAACGUCUUCAGCCUCUGCUGCCAGUGGUGCUAGAGCGGCUACGAGGCUUGAACAUCGUACACGUUGGGGCCGCCGAGGCUAAGAACUCUCUCGACGAGCUGGAGAAGAGACAGGCGGAACUCAAGGCCGAGGUGGCCCAAUGGAGAGAAGCCGUGACCGGCGUCGAAAGCGGCAUCAAAGACCUCGAGCAUACCAUGAGGGAUAAUGUUAAGGUCGUGGGCGGUAUGGUGGCUAACCUCGAGGAAAGGAUGGGGGAUUUGGACAAGGGAGCAAAGGGGAGGUGACACAUAAGCAUAUCCUCGUGGUCUCCUUUUCAUUUUCUUCUCCUUCUAUAUACGAAUGACAGAUGCCUGACUCCUGAAGUCAGUUCCUACCUGUUG